UUUUACUGUGGGUGCCCAUUUUCAACCGUUCUGUAACGUACACAUUUCCAAUAAAAAACAUACAAUUAAUAAAAAUAGAAUAUAAAAAAAGAACUCAAUUACUUUACAAGCUACGAGAAUAGUCAGAUUACAUUACAUAAUUAGAAUAACUACGAAAAUAUGAGUUUAAACGGCGAUGUGACAGUUAUGCGAAAUGGGCGUACAACCAGUCAAAUAUCUAUUUAUAAUUAUCCAGAACAUCUCAAUCCGUUUUAUGAAGAUGACCAACACAGACGUUUGAGAUUUUGGUCUUCAAGCAAGAAAGGCGAUGGCGAAAGAAGAAAUAGUUUCUCUGUGAGCGGUUUGAAGGAUCUAUGGUCAUUCAAGUCAUUUAGAAAGAAGAGAUCAUCAACCUUGGGAAUUAAUAAAACCUCAGAGAGUCCACCACCGCUAAGACGUACACUACAGUACUCGGAUGGGCCAGCAUACAAUCCUCGAAGCCGAUAUUCAGCCAAUAAUAAUACAAAUGGUGCAAUAGAUAAUAAUAAUUUCUUACGUAAUGCAACCUAUAGAAGUUCCUUACAAAAUGUACAUACAACAUCAAAGAAUAACACUAACAAUGGAUUUGGUCUUCAGCGCAACGACCAAUAUCGCAGCACGAUGCAAUAUCCAAGCAGCAGUGGCCGCAAUCAACUAUCGGCUACUAUGCCUAGUACACCACAGAGAAGGUAUGUCUAUGGUGGUUCUGUAACACCACAACCUAUACGUAAUACUGAUAUCGGUCAAGGCGUGACAGUAACACGAGGUUCAUCACAAAUAAGCGUGAACACCAAUCCGUUUGAGACGGACGAUGAAGAAAUUAAUGAGAACGUUUCAAUUGAUGAGAGAAAGUUGGUAACGUCAACACCAGUCAAACAAACGCCACGCAAGAAACGACGUGCUCCCCCGCCACCCGUACUAGUUCAUAACCUCACUUCUAGUGAUCAUAAUAACUUUUCAACGAAUUCUAGUCAGCAAAAGAAUGAAUUGCAUAUUGAAGAAGAUAUUAAUAUUGCUAAUCUUGCGGCCGAAAUAGAAAGUUUCGUUCAAACCUCAAACAAUACUACAGAAGAGAAGAAAUUGGAGAAUUCCACAAACCACGUUGUAGCAACGUACAAAACUGCGAAUGAUAAAGUGACAAAUGGCACUACACCCAAGGAUGUAAAAACUGAAAGUAAUAAUGUAAUAAUAACAACAACAACAGCAGCUAUUGCAACAGAAGCAACAACAACACCAACAGUUGCAGCAACAACAACAACAGCAACAGAAAAAGCAGAUGCAACUACUGCAAUAGCAACAGCGCCUACAGCCACAACAACAGCAACAGCAGCAAAAACAACUUCAACUACUACUACAACAACAAAAACAAUUGAAACUAGCAAUAGAUCCAAUGGAAACUCACCUAUUGUGAAGCAGAAGACUUCAGCACAAGUGGUCAGCCCCGUAGUCACAAAGAAAGAAACUAUUAGAAAGGUUACAGAAAUUAAUAUAUCCGAAAAAGAACCGUAUAUUCAAGAGCCUACUGUUGGACAAAAUACAUCAAAAAAAGAAAAAGAAGUAGGACAUGUGGAAUGUAUACACAUACAUGUUGAUAGUCCUAGAGCGACGCCUGAAAGAACAGAAACGAAUAAAUUUAGUAGUUUCCGGUCGGAAUCUAAACCUGAAGUCGAAAAAAUAACAGCAAAAACUUCAUUUACACUAACAACACCCCCAGUUACUAGAAGGCAUUCUGAAACUAAGACUAGUGACAAUACUGAAAGAAGAACCCCCACUGCAGCAAGACGAAAUAUUAUUCCAAUAGCAACGACUCAAACGACAAUUAUCGAAAAGCCGAUUGAGCUUGUUAUUACAGAGAAAUCUAAAAAUGAUAAUAAUCCAGGUAAUAAUUCACAUAAUCCAAAUAACCUUCCCACUCUUGAACCCAUAUUAUUGGAGACUACUACUACUACUACUACUGUGUCUGCACAAACUACAAAGAGCCAAGUAAAACCUCCAAUCGCUACUAAACCAAAUUUAGAAGUAAAGCAAAAGAAUAAUACAUUUGCAAUGAUACAUAAGCCAAAUCGAACUACUUUACCAAAUGGUCAUGUCAGUCCAACAAAAACAUCUGUAACUGAAACCGUACUAUCUGUUAAUAUGGAAACGAAACCGGAUAUAAAUGAAAUCAAAGCCCCAGAAAUUCAUGUGCAAAAAAUAGAAACAGAACAAUGUGUAGAGAGAAAUCAACAGAUUCAACCUGAAAAUACUUCAUCUGCGAUAGAACCUCUAAAAAUAAUCGAAUCAAAGGAAAAUAUUUUGGAAAAUAAUGAAACUGUUAACGUUGCUGUUACUAACAAAGUCAGUACAUUUGGAACUAGACCUCCAACUCCGCCUACUCGUCAUGUGCCAUUACGUGCUGGACUUACAAAUGAUGAGUUUGAGGCAAUAGUUCGGGCAAAGCCAACAUCGCACAUGGAAUGGAAGCAAUCAUCAUUAGCGCCAUUAGAGACCAAUGUGCCUCCUGAAAAACGUAAAUCAGUAAAAGAUAUUAUAGAGUCCAUCAACAGAAGUCAACGUCUACUACAUGCAGCUGCAAACAAAGAUCAAAUGCCUAUCUUAAGUCCAGACAAUGGUUUAAAUUCAAAUCUAGAAACCUUAUAUAAAGAUUAUAAACACAUUAAUCCUUCAGACCAAGUUUACAGACAAUAUGAACUGGAGACUGGGACCAACACAACAAACAAUUUCAAUUACAACAACACCAGUAACUGUGAAGGUGCCACUGGCAGUAGCAGUAAUAGCACUGCUCCUAUAACACAAAACGAUCCCUUAAAACCAAGCAAUGCAGACAUAUUCACAAAAUGUCGCGUAACCAAAGAAGUAUACGAAUACAGAGAGUCAUCUCCAACAGCAUCAAAUCUUGAUUGGAAUCCAGUACCAAAACCAAAACGCACAAAAAAUUUAUCAGAACUUCAAAGUAAUGAAGAAUAAAUUUCAGUUUUCUAUAUUUUUACAGAUUAGAAAUGUAGGACAAUCUACCAAAUUGAUUUUUAUGUAAUAAAGUGUACAGGAUAUUUUAUUUAAA